UACUUCCCAAGUUCUUGACCAACUGUCUCAUUUCCGUAGUUUACUCUUUCAAAGUAACAUUUUUCUUUGGUUAGUUGUGCACGUUUCGUGUCGAACAGGACUUAAAAAAUGCGUUACGUAGCCGCUUACCUUUUGGUCGCCCUUGGAGGCAAAGACUCACCCUCAGCUGGAGAAAUUGAAAAAGUUUUAAGCUCUGUAGGUAUUGAAGCCGACAGUGAAAAAUUAAACAAAGUCAUCAGUGAACUUAAAGGCAAAAGCAUCGAGGAAUUGAUUGCUCAAGGCCGAGAAAAACUUAGCUCAAUGCCAGCAGGAGGUGGAGUUGCUGCCCCAGCUGCCGCCGGAGGUGGAGCAGCACCAGCAGCUGCUGAAGAAAAGAAAGAAUCCAAGAAAGAAGAGAAGAAAGUUGAAUCUGAAUCAGAAGAUGACGAUAUGGGCUUCGGUCUCUUUGAUUAAACUUACAAACAUUCGUAAUUUAUGUACAAAUGUAAUAAUGAUUUUAUAUUAUUUUGUUUAUCAAAUAAACGUUUGAUAUAA